AUGAAAGACAGCGGUCCUUCAAGAGAAAAUCUUACGUGGACUGAACCACAAAUGGAUUACUUAGUCCAGCUUCUUGUGGAGCAGUCACGCAUCCCUGGCAUGAAAUCCGCCGGAGGUUUGAAGCCCAAAGCAUACACAACUAUUGAAAAGGGAAUGAUGGAUAGAUUCGGUCCAGAAUUCACGAAAGACAAAACAAAAAACAAAUUGAAGUAUUCCAAACCCAACUUAACAGUGAUGAAGGAAAUGUUGAACACAAGUGGGUUUGGCUACGACCCAAUUAACAAAUGCAUUGAGGUCGACCCCCAAGUAUGGAACGACUACAUUGAGAAAUAUCCGAAUAGAAAAAAGUACAGAGGGCCAAAAGUAUGGAGAUACUAUGAUGAGUUCGCCGAGGUAUAUGGCGAAUCUCAUGCAACUGGGCAAAAUGCAGUCACAUUAAACAACGUGCUAGAAACUGAGACUGAAUCACUCCCAUGUACAUCUGCAUCUCAGACAUCACCUUCGUACAUGCAGCCUGAUAGUGAACAGUCAUUUACACAAACGCUUAAUGAUGGUACUCCCCUACAAUCGCCACUACCUACAACUCCUACAACUGAGAAUCCGACAACCAAUACAAGUACACGUAGGUCAAAACGGAACAGGUCAACCAAUGAUGACAUGUAG